AUGAUUCCAAAAGAGGCUUCUGUGAAGUUCCAUGUGCUGUUGACCUCCUAUGAGCUGAUCACAAUCGAUCAAGCCAUCCUGGGCUCCAUCGACUGGGCUUGUCUUGUAGUAGAUGAAGCCCAUAGACUGAAAAAUAACCAGUCAAAGUGGUUUGGUUCCGAUCAGGCGAAAAACCUAGGACUAGUUCGCAAAAAAGAAUCUGAAGAGAAGACAGAAAAAAUGGACACUUGCCCAGGAAGAGAUGAGAAGAAAGAGCUGAAAGACGAGAAGCAUGGAGUAAAGUCAGAGGACUCUGCUAAGCUACAAAAUGGAGAGAGUGCCAAAGAGACAAGUGGAGGAGUGGAUGGAGUGAGUGAGGAGAAGAAGAAAGCAGUGAAGCAGAGGUUCAUGUUUAACAUCGCUGACGGAGGUUUCACAGAGCUUCACUCUCUCUGGCAGAAUGAAGAGAGAGCCGCCACGGUCACAAAAAAGACUUACGAGAUCUGGCAUCGUCGCCAUGACUACUGGCUGCUGGCUGGUAUCAUACACCACGGUUACGCACGUUGGCAGGACGUACAGAAUGACCCGAGGUUCGCCAUCCUAAAUGAGCCUUUUAAGGGAGAGAUGAGCAGAGGAAACUUCCUCGAGAUUAAGAACAAGUUUCUUGCUCGCAGGUUUAAGCUGUUGGAACAAGCUCUGGUGAUCGAGGAGCAGCUCAGACGUGCUGCAUAUCUAAACAUGACAGAGGACCCCUCUCACCCCUCCAUGGCACUCAACACACGUUUCAGUGAGGUGGAGUGUUUGGCAGAGUCACACCAGCACCUCAGUAAAGAGUCCAUGUCAGGAAACAAGCCUGCUAAUGCAGUUCUACACAAAGUUCUCAAACAACUGGAGGAGCUACUCAGCGACAUGAAGGCAGAUGUCACCCGGCUCCCGGCAACCAUCGCUCGGAUUCCGCCCGUCGCUGUGCGGCUGCAGAUGUCAGAAAGAAGCAUCCUUAGCCGGUUGGCCAGCCGUGGAUCGGAGGUCACACAGACGCAGGCGCCACGCUGAUGACCCCUGGAAGAAGUUUUCACUCGCACCUCCCAUAAGUCACGAUGAGGAAUCAUCUUACACACAUACAAACAUGCACCUGGGUCAGGUGAUCAGAUAUAUAAAUAAGUUCCAGCUGCCUGCACUAGUUUGGACAGAAGAAGAGUGGAGCGGUUUCUAGCUUAACACACUGUGGUUCCCUAAUAUUUCUUGUAAAGCUCAAUUUAGAGGCAUUCCAACCUCCUCCAUUUAAAAAUCCUGUGAACACACACCUACUGACCAGAGAGAUGCAUACGUAUGUUAGAAUACACAGCACCCAAAUCGUUCUCCAGUGUAAAUCCAGUUCAGGUUUUCCAGGUCACCUCCUCUGCACUGUUAUAGGCAAUGCAGGGCAAGGUUGAAGAGCUGGUGUGGAUUUUUGCCUUGCGUGGAAUGGAUCUUUGCAGUGGGGACUCUUUCCUCCUCAGGUGUGUUUUAUGGCGUAAUUCACACUAGUUGAAUCACUGUUUUUGUGCGUUUCCACAAUUAUGCUUCAAUUUUAAAUGCCUGUUUGAACCCUGAAACAUCAUGUGGUUUCCAACUUGAGAAAGGUUUAUGCUGAUGUGUAAACAGUCCCUGUCCCAAAUGCCCACGUACUUCUCUGAGUCCACGUUUGGUGACAUAAUGCCAGAUAGACUGUCAGGUAAUAAUCCACUGAUGCAAGCUCUGCAGAAUUACCCUUCUAAAACACACUUAAGCACUCUUCUGAAAUCUAAAAUGUCAAAUGAGACGCACUAUGGUCUUCACAAAUGCAAUUGGGACAGGGUCACAACUCUUAUAAGGACAUUUAGAUGAAAUAUCUAUAUAUAAUAAUCAAGAUUUUUUUUUUCAUUAUGAGAACUGCUGCUUUAAGAAUCCACAUUUAUUCCACUUUCUCUCUCCUGAUUGGCUUGUGUGUAAUGUAA